AUAUAAUAUUCCUCCACAAGAGCAUUUAUAUGUAUGCCAAAAAUCCUGGUCAGAAUAGCAACUUAAAAGACUUCUGCUUUUCCUGAGUAAUCUAUCUAGCUAUGGAGCUCCAAUAUUCAUUAUCCCUCAGCAUUUUCAUUAUCCUCUUCUGCUUGUUUUGGUUUGUAAAACAAAGCAGAUCUUCUACUAAGCUACCUCCAGGUCCAUGGAAGCUACCUGUUUUAGGGAAUUUACACAACUUGGUAGGCUCACUACCACAUCAUGCUCUUCGAGAACUAGCCAGAAAACAUGGACCUUUCAUGCAUCUACAACUAGGCCAAGUUUCACAAGUAAUUAUAUCUUCCCCAAGGAUGGCCAGAGAGAUAAUGAAGUCCCAUGACCUUUGCUUCGCACAGAGGCCAGAACUUUUUGCAAUGCAACUCUUGACUUACGGUGCCUCAGCCAUUGCCUUCGCUCCAUAUGGAGAUUACUGGAGGCAGACAAGGAAAGUUUGCACUAUAGAGCUCCUAAGCAUCAAGAGGGUCCAAUCGUUCGCUUCUAUUCGAGAAGAUGAGGUUUGGAAUCUUAUUCAGUCGAUUCGCUCAUCAGCAGAACUAAUCAAUUUUACGGCAAGGCGGAUGACAACUAAUAAGUUGAAGAAGGUUCGCGGCAAGGUCGAUCAGAUUCUUGAAAAUAUCAUCCAUGAACACAGACAGAAAAAGAUGACACAAAAAAAUGGUGGGGACGAAAGUCGGCCGCGGGAGGAAGAUCUGGUUGAUGUUCUGCUACGACUUCAGCAAAGUGGCAGCCUUGAAUUUCCACUCACAAUCGACAACAUAAAAUCUCUGAUUUGGGAAAUUUUCAGUGCUGGAACUGAUACUUCAUCAACAACAGUGGUGUGGGCAAUGUCAGAAAUGAUGAAAAACCCAAGAGUGAUAGAGAAGGCACAAGCUGAGGUAAGAAAACUCUGCCAAGGAAAUAAAGGACUAAUCCAUGAGAAAGAUAUUCAGAGAUUGAGCUAUUUGAAGUUGGUGAUCAAAGAAACUCUGAGGCUGCACCCUCCAGUUCCAUUGUUACUCCCUAGAGAAUGCAGGGAGGCUUGCAAAAUUGAUGGCUAUGAAAUCCCAUUAAAAACCAGAGUCAUCGUGAAUGCGUGGGCGAUUGGAAGAGAUCCAGAGUAUUGGGAAGAUGCUGAGAGCUUCAUACCAGAAAGGUUUGAUGGAAAUUCCAUCGAUUACAAGGGAACAGACUUUGAAUAUAUUCCUUUUGGAGCAGGAAGAAGAAUGUGUCCUGGGAUAGGAUUUGGGAUGGCAAAUGUUGAGCUUCCUCUUGCUAAUCUACUCUACCACUUCGACUGGCAACUUCCCAGUGGAAUACAACCAGAGAAUGUGGACAUGACUGAAGCCUUUGGAGCUACUGUGGGAAAGAAGAACGAUUUAUAUUUGAUUGCCAUCCCAUUCACUCCUUCACUCUCAUGAAUUUGAACGAUGAAACAGUCAUGUCGUCAUAUCGUGUCCCCGUCUACUAUAAACUGGAAGAUAAUUUUCAAAAGAACAAUUCUCUCUCUGUAUGUAUAUUUAUAUAUAUGUUAUUAAGAAAUUGAAAUUAGUAAAAGUUAUAAUGUAAUGUGAUAGCAAUUAGAAUGUCUUCUUUCCAGGGAGCCUCCAAUGA